UCCGGUCAAAAGGAGGAAAAAAGAGAAAAAAAUAACUGUCGAGAACUGCCGACUCUCACUUUUUUAUUCUGUAAAUUUCGGUGGUAUUAAAGCCCGUAAGUAUCCACGUUCAUUUUAAAUAGCUUGUGAGGAAGAAUCUCACCGGCUGGGAUUAACCGGUAACGUUGCAGGUGUAUUUUUGUUUCUCCGCCCACUCCGGAAAACUCCGCCGAGUCGUCGUUAUUUUUAUUUUCUACGGUGACGUGGAGUCAAAGCCCUUCUUCUUCCUCCACUCUGCCCCAUGUGUCUAUAAAAGUACUCAGUGUACCCGGAUAUGAACGUGGUGAUCAUACGUUGACCGAGAAUAACCAAGAUGCCCGGCUGUGCGGCUGAAUCUGCGCACUGAGCUCCGCUGUCGGCCGAGAGGAGAGCAGACUGCUGGGGCCUGGAGUCCGAGGAAGCCGGCGGACGGACAGGGUUUGUUGGAUCUGCAGCAUCGGGACGGACGACAGAGGGAACGGGCGAUGCAUCGCGGACCAGGACGCGUGUCGGGUGGCUGUCAGAGGACGAUGGCGCUGCACUCUGUCCUGAUCCUGUUCUUGUUCUCAGGCUGGGCGGUGGGCUACAAGCAGGGAGACAAUGUGACUCUUUACGUCAACAAAGUGGGCCCCUAUCAUAACCCCCAGGAGACAUAUCAUUAUUACACCUUACCUGUGUGCAGACCGGAGAAGGUGCACCACAAGUCUCUGAGUCUGGGAGAAGUGCUGGACGGUGACAGAAUGGCCGAGUCGUUAUAUCACAUCCGCUUCAGGGAGAACGUGGAGAAAAAAACUCUGUGCCAGCUCACGCUCUCAGAGAAGCAGGUGGACGAGCUUCGUGAGGCCAUCGAGGAGCUGUACUACUUUGAAUUUGUCCUGGAUGAUAUUCCAAUCUGGGGGUUUGUGGGAUACAUAGAGGAGAGUGGCUUCUUGCCUCACAGCCACAAGGUGGGUUUGUGGACUCACCUGGAUUUCAAUAUCGAGUACAACGGUGACUCUGUGAUCUUCGCCAAUGUCUCAGUAAAGGAUGUCAAGCCUGUUCCCUUAGAGGAAGGGGCAGGUGCAGCAGUGGGGGGUGUUGGGGUGGGUGGAGGCAGCCUGACGGUGACCCACACCUACAGCGUGCACUGGUUUGAAUCUACUCUGGUUUAUUCCCGGAGAGCCGAGCGUCUCAGAGACUACUCGUUCUUCCCCAAAACACUGGAGAUCCACUGGCUGUCCAUCAUUAACUCGCUGGUGCUGGUGGUGCUGCUUCUUGGCUUCGUCAUCAUCAUCCUCAUGAGAGUCCUUAAGAAUGAUUUUGCCAGGUACAAUGUGGAAGAGGAGGGUGGCUGUGACGAUCUGGACCAAGGAGACAACGGUUGGAAAAUCAUCCACACUGAUGUGUUUAGGUUUCCUCCCUUCAAAAGCUUGCUCUGUGCUGUGCUGGGAGUCGGGGCUCAGUUUCUUACCCUUGCCACAGCCAUAAUUUUCAUGGCGUUGCUGGGAAUGUUCAAUGUGCACCGCCAUGGUGCCAUCAACUCCGCAGCCAUCGUCCUGUACGCUCUGACCAGCUGUGUGUCGGGCUACGUCUCCUGCAGUUUCUACACGCAGAUCAACGGCCAGCGCUGGGUGUGGAACAUCAUCCUCACAUCAUCUCUCUUCUCGGCUCCUCUGUUCCUCACAUGGAGUGUAGUGAACUCCAUCCACUGGUGGAGUGGCUCCACUCAGGCUCUGCCGGCCACUACUGUGCUUCUGCUGCUGGGCGCUUGGUUGCUGGUGGGCUUCCCGCUCACGAUCAUCGGUGGCAUUGUGGGAAAGAACCGAGCUGGCAGCUUCCAGGCGCCUUGCCGCACCCGUAACAUCCCCCGACAGAUCCCAACUCAGCCGUGGUACAAACACACUAUUGUACACAUGGCCAUCGGCGGCUUCCUGCCCUUCAGUGCCAUCUCAGUGGAGCUGUACUACAUCUUUGCCACUGUUUGGGGCAGAGAGCACUACACGCUCUACGGCAUCCUGCUGUGCGUCUUCGCCAUCCUCCUGUCAGUGGGCGCCUGCAUCUCUGUGGCGCUGACCUACUUCCUGCUGUCUGGCGAGGACUACCGAUGGUGGUGGAGGAGCGUGCUGAGCACCGGAUCCACUGGCAUCUUCAUCUUUGUCUACUCUGUUUUCUACUAUAGGAACCGGUCCUCUAUGAGCGGCCUGGUGCAAAGCACAGAGUUCUUCGGGUACUCCCUGCUCACAGCGAUGGUCUUCUCCCUGAUGCUGGGCAGCGUGUCCUUCUGGGCCUCGCUGGCAUUUAUUCGCUACAUCUACCGUAGCCUGAAGAUGGACUAGACAUUACAUUUGAAGCACGCAACUCUAAACAGACAUUUCCUCAUAGCACACAAGGACAAUCUUCAUUCUCCUCUCUUGCUUUCUCAUUCAUACAUACCUGUUGCAUUAAAGGGAGGAGAAACCGGGGCCUUUACCUUGAUUUGAAAGGGGUUAAUAGUUGAACUUGAAUAGCUCUUACUGGCUUGGUGAAUGGACGGAUGAGUUUGGGGAUGGGAUCACAUAGAUUUAUGAUAAAGGGGGAAUUUCUAAACAAAGGGAUGAUUGCUUCCCAUCGGGGAUGAAUGGCUAAAUGUUUGAUUUGCUACUUGAGCGAAUGGGUUUUGUUCAGACUGUGCAGCAUCUGAUUCCCGCGCUUCAUGGAUUUAUCAGGGCUGUGCUGGAGCUAUAGGUUCUAGAUCUCCCACAUUACACUGAUUACAUAAUGAGACCAACUUGUAUUGUAGUUUUGUCUGAUUGUGCAUCAGUGCAAGAGUUAUUACUUGCACUUAUACUCCUCCAAACAUAAGAAAGCGACAAGCUUUUCAGAUAUGAACACGUUGUUUUGCACCGGCCCCUUUGAGCUCCACGUGGCCUCACAGCGGAGAAGAAGAACGAUGUCCUGUAAGCUGAAGAAGGUGGAGGGAGCAAUAUUGUAACUGUAUUCUGUGGUCUCCACUGACUGUGACUUUGGUUCUGAUGUAAAUAUAGUCUUUUCAGUAAAAUGUUUUUAAUACAAUACUGCCAGCAAAGUGCUCUGAGUUUUUCCUCUCCAGAGGUGUUUUGUCAAGACUGUUGAGUAGAACUUCCUUCAUACUGACACCAUAUCCUAUAUGAUAAUAAGAAAUGCUACAUUUCUGCUGUAGUUGAUCUCACAAUCUACAGUGUUGUGCAAACGUUUUGGAC